GCCAGUGCUGCAGCUGGUACCUGGUGUCCCAGCCUUGCCCGAGACCCGGCCUCCCGAGGUCCCAUCCUGACCCUCCGCCAUCACACAGCCAUGCAGGGGGCCUGCGUGCUGCUGCUGCUGGGCCUGCGGCUACAGCUCUCCCUCGGCCUCGUCCCAGCUGAGGAGGAAGACCCUGCCUUCUGGAACCGCCAGGCAGCCCAGGCCCUUGAUGUGGCUAAGAAGUUGCAGCCCAUCCAGACAGCCGCCAAGAAUGUCAUCCUCUUCUUGGGGGAUGGGAUGGGGGUUUCCACGGUGACAGCCACUCGGAUCCUAAAGGGGCAGAUGAAUGGUAAGCUGGGACCUGAGACAUCCCUGGCCAUGGACCAGUUCCCAUACAUGGCUCUGUCCAAGACAUACAACGUGGACAGAGAUGUACCAGACAGCACAGGCACGGCCACCGCGUACUUGUGUGGGGUCAAGGGCAACUACGGAACCAUUGGUGUAAGUGCAGCCGCCCGCUUCGACCAGUGCAACACGACACAUGGGAAUGAGGUCACGUCUGUGAUGAACCGGGCCAAGAAAGCAGGGAAGUCAGUGGGAGUGGUGACCACCACCAGGGUGCAGCACGCCUCCCCAGCCGGGGCCUAUGCACACACGGUGAACCGUAACUGGUAUUCGGAUGCUCAAAUGUCUGCCGGGGCCAAGAAGGAGGGCUGCCAGGACAUCGCCAAACAGAUGGUCUACAACAUGGAUAUUGACGUGAUCCUGGGUGGAGGCCGAAAGUACAUGUUUCCUGAGGGGACCCCAGACCCUGAAUACCCACACGAUGCCAAUCAGACCGGAGUCCGGAAGGACAAGCGGAACCUGGUGCAGGAGUGGCAGGCCAAGCACCAGGGAGCCCAGUAUGUGUGGAACCGCACGGAGCUCCUUCAGGCGUCCACCAACUCCAGUGUAACACACCUCAUGGGCCUCUUCGAGCCAGUUGACAUGGCCUAUGAGACCCAGCGAGACCACAACAAGGACCCAUCCCUGGAGGAGAUGACGGAGGCAGCCCUGCGAGUGCUGAGCAGGAAUCCCCGGGGCUUCUACCUCUUUGUGGAGGGAGGCCGCAUUGACCACGGUCACCAUGAAGGCAUAGCAUAUAGGGCACUGACCGACGCAGUCAUGUUUGACAAUGCCAUCGCCAAGGCUAACAAACUCACUAGCAAACUGGACACGCUGAUCCUUGUCACUGCAGACCACUCUCAUGUCUUCACUUUUGGUGGCUACCCCCUUCGUGGGACCUCCAUUUUCGGGUUGGCUGAUGGCAAAGCCGGCGAUGGCAAGUCCUAUACCUCCCUCCUCUAUAGCAAUGGCCCUGGCUACCAGAUGAACAGGGGCUCACGACCUGAUGUGGAUGAAACCAAGAGCAGGGACCCCUCGUACCAGCAGCAGGCGGCCGUGCCCCUGGCUAGAGAAACCCACGGGGGCGAGGACGUGGCGGUGUUCGCGCGAGGCCCGCAGGCGCACCUGGUGCACGGCGUGCAGGAGGAGACCUUCGUGGCGCACGUCAUGGCCUUUGCAGGCUGCGUGGAGCCCUACACCGACUGCCAUCUGCCGGCCCCCGCUCACCCCACCAACACUGCAUGCCAGGCUGCCUGCCCACCUUCCCUGGCGCUGCUGGCCGGGGCCCUACUGCUGCUGGUGGCCCCUGGCCUGCACUGACCCCCACCAGCCCAGGCCUAGGGAACUCCUGCUCCCCUGCCCGGA